AUGGACUUGGACGACGACCUUCCGGACAACGCCUUCACGUCCAUCGACGAACGUGCCAUCGAGAUCCGCGAUUCGUCGGACCCAAUGUCCAUGCUCAGCUUCUAUCGUCGACUGUUCCCCUGGAAGCAACUCUUCUCCUGGCUGAAUCACGACCUCGCCCACAUGGCUGCCACCAAGUGCUUCACCCAUCGCGAGUUUGCCUUUACGUUGCAGAACGAGGCUUACCUUCGCUACAACUCCUUUUCCUCUGCCGACGAGCUCAAGAAGGAAGUGUGCCGUCUCAACCCGGCGCGUUUCGAGAUCGGUCCCGUCUACACCGCCAAGCCGAAGGAUCGCAAGACCGUUCAAAAGGCGUCCUUCAAGCCGGUGCAGCGCGAGCUCGUGUUCGAUAUCGACAUGACCGAUUACGACGAGGUGCGAACGUGCUGCUCGGGCAAAGGCAUCUGCAAGCGCUGCUGGGCCUUCAUCGCCGUGGCUGUGCAGGUGCUCGACGAGGCUCUGAGGCAGGACUUUGGCUUCAAGCAUCUGCUCUGGGUCUACUCGGGUCGACGUGGUAUUCAUUGCUGGAUCUCGGACAGGGAAGCGUUCCAGCUGGCGGACGAUGCACGAAAGGCGAUCGUCGGCUGGCUCGAGGUGAUCAAGGGAGGGGCCAACCAGGUCAAGAAGGUCGACGCUGGGUGGGCGGGCAGCGCAGGAGGAAGGAGUCUCCAUCCGAGCUUGCGGCGCGCCAUCGGAGGCGAGGGCAGCGAGAGCGGACCUUUGAAGUUGGCAUUCGUCGACACGGUGCUCAAAGACCAGGACUGCUUCCGCUCGCCUGCGCAGUGGGACAUUUUGCUGCAAUUGCUGCCCUCCUCUGAAACGGAGGCCAUCGAAAAGCUGCGCUCCAAAUGGGAGCGAGCAUCGAGCCGCUCCAGUCUGGACAAGUGGCAGGACGUCAUGGAGUGCGCCCAACGAGCGGGCGAGUACAAGAGCGAACGCAUCUGGCGUCCUUGCCUCGAAGACAUCAUCCUGCAGUACACGUACCCACGCAUCGAUGCAGAGGUUUCCAAGCACCUCAACCACUUGCUCAAGUCGCCAUUCGUCGUGCAUCCAGCCACGGGCAGGGUGUGCGUGCCUCUCGAGCCGUCCAAGGUGUUUGAAUUCGACCCGGAAGCCGGCUGCCCAACGGUGGCACAGCUGCUUCGAGAGUUGAAUGCAUACGAGGCCGCCCACAAACAGGCCUCACCGGUGGUCAAGAGCAACUACAAGAACGAAGCCUCUCCCGCGGCGGGAACAGCAGGAGGUGAAAACGUCAAGCAGGAUUGGGAAAAGACGAGCUUGCGACCGUUUGUGCAGCUGUUCGAGAAGCACUGCAAUGCGAUCGCCAAGGAGACUCGUGCGUUGAGAAGGGCUCAGCAGGAACAGAACGCAACCGACUUUUAG